AUGGAGGAAAUAUUUGAAAAGUCACAGCUAGAGAACCAGCAGCCCACGUCGAAAAAGGCGGACAACGCUUUGAAGCCUGUGGAUGUGAUGUCCAUUAAAAAUGCUGCUCAGUAUGUCAACCAGAAACUUUCCGCCAAAGGCUAUUUUUCGAACAAACCAAGUAAGCUCAAACAGCUGCUACUUUUGAGUUUGGAUAGCUCUGAGUUGAUUCCGGAGAACGCAGAAAAUUUCGAGAUCAGCGAGAAGGUGUACGAAAAUGACAGAAACGUAAUGAACAUCAUCUACUCGCUGCUGAAUUCGGCAGAGAUUUCGAAACAGUUUAAAGAAACCGCACUCAAAAAGAUGGCUGAUAAGGACGCCGAGAUAGAAUUGCUCAAAAGCGAGGUGGAGAGACUCAACGCCAAGGUCGACGAAAAGGAGAGACAUAUCCAGUCGCUUCAGUUGGAUAUGAUCAAGGCCGAUCUACAAGCCAAACAUUAUCAGACCAUGCUCAAUAACGUCAACGCGAAAAAUAAAGAGCAGGAGCGCACUUUUAAAUUAUAUUCAGAAGAGGUGAAACGAGAACUACGCAGAAAUGAACUGGAGGUGGACAGACUCGAAAGCAAGCUAUCCAACAUGAACAAGCGCAAAGCCAGCCCGAGGGAUGAUGAAGGAGUGGAGCAGAAAAGACAGAAAUUCGACAACGACCGGUUUCUGUCGUUGGUGGAAGAGAAUUCGCAUUUGCAACACGAUCUCAACAAACUUGUCGGCGUGCUCUUGAGGUUACAGAAAUUCCUAAAAUCGUUUGGCCAGCUGAACUCCAACAAUAAGGUGCCGUCUACCUUUAUUCCGACCGACAAUGAGCUUCUGGCCAUAGACCACCAUAAUUUUGACUUGCAUAAAUACGAUUUGAUAUUGUUCGAUCUUCUCAAGCCACUGAACGGCGACAGCAUUGACGACACGUUCAAAUUCAAGAAAAAUAACCAGACAGACAAGGACCAGGAGAUCGCAAGUUUGCGGAAUCGGCUCUCAGAAAUGGAGCAGAACUACGAACGCGUGCUGGCAACCAUGGAACAAUGGAAAACAUAUCGCAAGCAGAAAUGA